UGCUGGCAGACUUGGAGUCUACCACCUCCCACAUCUCCAAACGGCCUGUGUUCUUGUCCGAGGAGACCCCCUACUCAUACCCAACUGGAAACCACACGUACCAGGAGAUUGCCGUGCCACCUCCUGUCCCUCCACCACCGUCCAGCGAGGCCCUCAAUGGCACCAUCCUUGACCCUUUAGACCAGUGGCAGCCCAGCAGUUCCCGAUUCAUCCACCAGCAGCCUCAGUCCCCAUCACCUGUGUACGGCUCCAGUGCCAAAGCUUCCAGUACCUCCAACCCCCAGGACGACAUCGGUGUCUCUCCGUGUUCCCGAGUGGGCGAGGAGGAGCACGUCUACAGCUUCCCCAACAAGCAGAAGUCAGCUGAGCCCUCACCCACUGUAAUGAGCUCCUCUUUGGGCAGCAAUCUUUCUGAACUUGACCGCCUACUGUUGGAGCUGAAUGCUGUACAGCAUAACCCCCCAGGCUUCCCUGCAGAUGAGGCCAACUCAAGCCCCCCACUGCCUGGGGCCCUGAGCCCUCACUAUGGCAUCCUGGAGAAUAACAGCCCCCUGGGGGGCAAAGCCGGGCCCCUGCCAAAAGAGAAGCCCAAGCGGAAUGGGAGCCGGGGCCUGGAGGACGUGCGGCCCAGCGUGGAGAGUCUCUUGGAUGAACUGGAGAGCUCUGUGCCCAGCCCUGUCCCUGCCAUCACUAUGAACCAGGGUGAGAUGAGCAGCCCUCAGCGAGUCACCUCCAGCCAGCAGCAGACGCGCAUCUCGGCCUCCUCUGCCACCAGAGAGCUGGACGAGCUGAUGGCCUCGCUAUCGGAUUUUAAGUUUAUGGCCCAGGGGAAGACAGGGAGCAGCUCACCUCCUGGGGGGCCCCCAAAGCCUGGGAGCCAACUGGACAGCAUGCUGGGGAGCCUGCAGUCUGACCUGAACAAGCUGGGAGUUGCCACGGUCGCGAAAGGGGUCUGCGGGGCCUGCAAGAAGCCCAUUGCUGGGCAGGUUGUGACUGCCAUGGGGAAGACGUGGCACCCGGAGCACUUCGUCUGUACCCACUGUCAGGAGGAGAUCGGAUCCCGGAACUUCUUUGAGCGGGAUGGACAGCCCUACUGUGAAAAGGACUAUCACAACCUCUUCUCUCCGCGCUGCUACUACUGCAAUGGUCCCAUCCUGGAUAAAGUGGUGACAGCCCUUGACCGGACGUGGCACCCUGAGCACUUCUUCUGUGCCCAGUGUGGUGCCUUCUUUGGUCCUGAAGGGUUCCACGAGAAAGAUGGCAAGGCCUACUGCCGGAAGGAUUAUUUUGACAUGUUCGCACCCAAAUGUGGUGGCUGUGCCCGGGCCAUCCUGGAGAACUACAUCUCGGCCCUCAACACGCUUUGGCAUCCUGAGUGCUUUGUGUGCCGGGAAUGCUUCACGCCAUUCGUCAACGGCAGCUUCUUCGAGCACGAUGGGCAGCCCUACUGCGAGGUGCACUACCAUGAGCGGCGUGGCUCGCUCUGCUCCGGCUGCCAGAAGCCCAUCACCGGCCGCUGCAUCACUGCCAUGGCCAAGAAAUUCCACCCGGAGCACUUCGUCUGUGCCUUCUGCCUCAAGCAGCUCAACAAGGGCACCUUCAAGGAGCAGAACGACAAGCCUUACUGUCAGAACUGCUUCCUCAAGCUCUUCUGCUAGGCACCCCCACCCCUUCAUCUGCCUCCUUCCCUAGCCCAGCACCCCUGACUGCUACUGUGACCCAGAGGCCUCAUCCAGGGUGAAGGGGCAAACCCAACUGAAACUGGAACCCUCGUCCUCAGCAGGUGCAGGAUGGGAAAAGGGCCGCGAGGGGUCCCACCGUUUGUAUUCACCCCUGCCAGAGCCCCUGGGCCUCCUUCCUCACCCUGCAGCUCUCCCUAGGCUGUGUACUCUUCAUCCUCCCAGGAGGUGGAGGCUGGGGGCCCACAAUAUGUGUGUCCCCAGGAACCAGCCUGGCCAGGCCAGCACCCCACACUAGAGCCGGGGGUGGGGGAGGGCAGGCAGCGUCAGAUGGGGUCUCUUUUUAUCCUUAUUUCUCCACCGACCUCAUUGAUUAUCCUUGUUCUGAGAGUACUGGGGGACACCCAGCUCCCUUCAGACAAUGCCAGCGUAAAUCCAUCCAUCCAAGGGUAGAAGUACCCAAGGGGUCGUGGAAGGUUCCUUGGGCUCCUCCUGCUCUUCCAGUCUCCCCGGGCCUGGGUGACUGCCCUCCUCUUUUUACCUCGACCUCCCCUUUUAUAACUGCUCUGGUUCUACUGAGAAAGGCCUCUCCAGCAAUAAUGUUUUAUAGUCACUUCCUUCAUCUCCAGGGACGGCGUGAGGUGGGGAGCAUCACCCGUGCCUGGACACUGUACCGACUUUGGUAGAUUUCUACACUGAGGUUUGAAUUCAUAUCACCCGAGUUGCUUUUACUUCUCUAUAUGAAAUGAUUUUGAAGAGAUUUUAAAGAUGUUCCCUUUUGUACUCUCCUUGUCCACUGCCACUGGUCCUGUUGGUGACAGUGGCUUUGGUAUGGAGUUUGCUUUGGACUGAGGGCUUAGGGUGGGGAAGCAAUUUGUAUUUUAUUUUUUCUUAGCACAAGCAGGUGAACUGGGAGCAGCUACAUGACUCCUCUUCUUUAACUUAACAGCUCACCAGGACUGUUUUAUAAACUGCUGUAUUUUGAAACCCCUUCCU